UAUUAUAUGUUGUGAGAUAAAAUAAUAUUUUAUAAGUAGUAUAAAACAAAAAACUGUAGAAACCAAAUCCUAGUUAACUUUUCUCAUCCUCUUUCCUCAGCACCAGGGAUCUCACACAACAAGACGCGAAGCCAGGGUUUCAAUUGUAGGGAGAGAUAGUUAAUGAUGGAUGGAGGAGUGCCAAAUAUAAAGAAAUGGGUAGUCUUAUAUCCUGUUUACAUUAACUCAAAGAAAACAAUAGCUGAAGGAAGGCGGAUUAGCGUGGAAAAGGCGUGUGAGAAUCCCACUUGUGUUGAGAUAGGUGAUUGUUGUAGCCAUCUCAAACUUCCUUUUGCAAUUGAGAUUGAUAAGGCAUAUCCUCGAGAUUUCAUGCAAGUAGGUAGAGUGAGGGUAUUACUGAAAAGAGAAGAUGGGAGUUUAUCUAAUCCUGCUAUUCCUUCCAGAAAACAGCUUAUGCUCCAUGUUGCAGAAUUGGUACCUAGACAUCCUGGGAGGACCAAGAAGCAGGAGCCAGCAUCCACAUCAAAUGCUGCAACAUCCAAGUCUGGGAAGGGUGGGAAGAAGAAAAGAUAGUCUCUUCAUGGGAGAGGAUCAGGAAAAUAGUUGCUUGUAAUCGGCCAACCAGGAAUACAGAGCAUGUAAAUCUGUGAGUGUCCACGGUCUUGAAAACCCCUUCUAAGGAUUGAAGAUACUAAUCUGGUGUGAGUGUCAGCUCUUUGAUGCCAAGAUACUCAGAAUCACUGAAAUGUCUAGGUACACACCACUUGGCUAAUGAGGGUGCAUGGAACAUUGUUUUUUGGUUUCUUGCUCUUUUGUGCUUUUGGAUUAUAUCAAAGUUGAUACUAAAAUUUAAUGCAAUCAGAGAGCAGCAUGCAUAAGAGACGAUAUUCCAACCGAUUGAUCUAUCAAGUAGUGCAAAUUUAGUUGCAGCUGUCA